AUGAAUGAAAGACAAAAGGCUGAAUUAGAAGGAAAUAAAGGAAAAAGUUUAUUUUGCAAGAUUUCACUUAAUGGAUCAUAUGGUUACGAUGCAAUGAAUACACAAAAUUACGCAAAGACUAAAAUAAUGAAUGCACAGAAGGCACGCGUUGCAUGUAUGUCAAAUAAGUUUAAAAACAUAAGAGAAAUAGGAGAGGAUACGUAUCAAGUGAUGCUUAAAGAUAGAUUUUAUAGAUGUGAUACAUGUUUACAAGAGGCAUUCUUCACUUUAUAUAACGCAAAAUACUGGUAUUUGGUUUUCAUUUAUGAUUUUAUGUAUAAAUGCAUGAAUGUUAAUCGUUUUCAUUUCAUUGAAGGUGAUACUGAUUCAUCUUAUUGGGCAAUCGCUGGCGACCCAAAUCUUCCUAACACUCAAGCAUUUCAAGCAAUUGUUACUGAUAAACAAUUUUAUGAUAAAAACAUUUUCAAAUUCGCACCAUUUGAUUUCUUCUGUUUUGAUGAGAAAUUUAAACCUAAAUUAAAGAAUAAAGCUGAAGAAAAAGCACAUGAGAAGAAGUUAUUGGGUUUAGCAAUUGAGAAACAAGGUGAUAACAUGGUUGCUUUAUGUCCUAAGUGUUAUACAUCAUUCAACGGUUCAAUUGAUGGAAGUGAUUUUAAAAAGAUUGCACAAAAAAUGAAAGGUGUUAGUUUACGACAAAAUAAACAAUUAACACCUAAAAAUUAUUUGGAUAUAAUAAAUGAUAAAGUGAUAUUUGAUGGUCAGAAUAUUAAUUUACAACUUAAAAAUGGGUCAAUGACUCGCUUAACAAUCGGUAAGACUGCAUUAACAGGAGCACACACUAAGGCUGUAUGUUGUGAAAAUGGAUGUUGUAUGCCAUUUAUUUAA